AUGUCGUCCACACCAUCCUCGCGUCGCCGAGGUCAUUCCUCCCGCAACUCACAAUCCUCCACACCCGCACGACCUUCCCAGGCCACUCCUCGAAGUUCAAGGCAGCCGCCAAAUGGAGGUGCCGCCGUGGCAUCUUCGUCCCCCCUGUUUUUUCAAUCCUCGCCGGUGCGAUCCACGCCUGCGCCUCCUUCCCAGCUGGCAAGCGAUGGACUGAUCAUCAGCUCUCCCCCAAGGCAUUCAUCAGAUGCUGGGGACCGCGAAACCACUCCUCGAGCGUCUACUCGGCCAGUUGCAGACUCAUCCCCCGUCCGAUACGAUCCUAGCUCGAGUCCCGGCCGGAUCUCCGGUCAUCUUCAGUCUGAUAUUCCCAGCAGCAGCAGUGGUCUUUUUGUUCGCCAGGAUCGACAUCCUCGCUCUUCAACUAGAAGAGGCGACAUUCAUUCUGACGCGUUUGCUUCCUCUCCCGCCCAGCGACGUCGCAUCUAUGUUGGCGAGGAUGGCAUGCCAGUCCGAGAUGCUCAGGAUCCGGCCUCAGAAGCCACCUUUUCCAACCUCAAUCCAGAUACAUCGGAAGCAGAUGCCUUGGGAGGCGACUCGACCAGAGUCGUCUGGGGAACAAACAUAUCCGUCCCAGACUCUAUCUCGGCCUUCAAGAACUUUCUCUACAACUUUACAAAGAAGUACCGCAUGUGGGCCGAUGGGGCCACUGAGGAAGAGACACGAGAGUUAGGACCCGUUGCCGACGAAAAGGAAUAUCUUGACAUGUUGCAAAACAUGCGCAAGCUCGGUAUACAGGGACUCAACCUAGAUGCGCGUAACCUCAAGGCAUACCCCCCCACCCUGAAAUUGUGGCAUCAACUGCAAGCUUAUCCCCAAGAAAUCGUCCCCCUGAUGGAUCAGACGACUAAGCAGGUAAUGGUCGAACUGGCACAAAAAGAAAUGCAGGAAUUGCAACGGUCCCACAAUGCCGCAGCCGCUUCACGGGCAAGGAACGGCAGUUCGGUGCCUCCCUUGCCUUCUUCGGAUCUGGGAAGUGCGGCAACGCCAACCGCUACACCAGCCCCAGCAGCCGAUGAGGUGCCCGACCUUGUCGAAGAGGCCCAGAUUCGAUCCUGGAAGAUUUUGCCGUUUGGCCUGGAUCAAGCUGUCAACAUGCGUGAUCUUGAUCCCAAGGACAUAGACAAGCUUAUUGCGGUCAAAGGAAUGGUCAUUCGAACCACUCCAGUCAUUCCAGAUAUGAAGGAAGCUUUCUUCAAAUGUGUCGUGUGCAAUUUUACCAAGUAUGUGCCCCUCGACCGCGGCAAGAUUGCAGAGCCGACAGAAUGCCCGCGGCCAGCCUGCAAAUCCAAGGACAGUCUCCAGAUUGUCCACAAUCGAUGCCUGUUCGCAGACAAGCAGGUCAUCAAACUGCAAGAAAUGCCUGACUCGGUGCCUGACGGCCAAACACCACAUAACGUGUCGCUGUGUGUCUAUGACGACCUAGUCGACGUCUGCAAAGCCGGUGAUCGAGUCGAAGUGACGGGGGUCUUUCGAAGCAACCCUGUCCGGGUCAAUCCCCGUCAACGGACAAUCAAGGCCCUUUUCAAGACCUACGUCGAUGUGCUCCACGUUCAGAAAAUCGAUAAGCGGAAGCUGGGCAUCGAUGCAUCAACCAUUGAGCAAGAGCUCUCCGAGCAAGUAGCUGGCGACGUUGAACGGACCAGAAAAGUCUCUGCCGAAGAAGAAGCCAAGAUCAAAGAGACGGCGGCUCGUGAUGACAUCUACGAACUUCUGGCCAGAAGUUUGGCUCCGAGUAUCUACGAGUUGGAGGAUGUCAAGAAAGGGAUCCUUCUGCAGCUCUUUGGCGGAACGAACAAGUCAUUUGAAAAAGGCGGUAGUCCCAAAUACCGAGGCGACAUCAACAUUCUGCUCUGCGGUGACCCUUCCACGUCCAAGUCCCAGCUUCUGCAAUAUGUCCACAAGAUCGCACCUAGGGGUGUCUACACGUCAGGAAAGGGUUCAUCGGCAGUCGGGUUGACAGCGUAUGUCACUCGUGACCCAGAAUCAAAACAGCUCGUGCUCGAGUCCGGAGCACUGGUGCUCUCGGACGGCGGUGUGUGCUGCAUUGACGAGUUUGACAAGAUGAACGAAUCGACUCGCUCAGUCCUACAUGAAGUCAUGGAGCAGCAAACCGUCUCGAUCGCCAAAGCAGGCAUCAUCACCACGCUGAACGCCAGGACCAGUAUCCUGGCCUCUGCAAACCCCAUCGGGAGCAAAUACAACCCCAAUCUACCGGUGCCCCAGAACAUCGACCUACCCCCUACGCUAUUGUCGCGAUUCGACCUUGUCUACCUUGUGCUGGACCGCAUCGACGAAGUCAAUGACCGACGACUGGCAAAGCACUUGGUGGGCAUGUACCUGGAAGACACUCCGGAGAAUGCAUCCCGUGAAGAAAUCCUGCCCGUCGAGUUCUUGACCGCGUACAUCUCGUAUGCUCGCUCCAACAUCCAUCCCGUGUUGACGCCACCGGCAGCAGCAGCCCUGACCGAGGCAUACGUGCAAAUGCGCUCGCUAGGGUCCUCAAUCCAGGCAUCCGACCGGCGCAUCACGGCGACGACGCGGCAGCUGGAAUCGAUGAUCCGGCUCAGCGAGGCGCACGCCAAGAUGCGUCUGUCUUCGACCGUGGUCGAGUCCGAUGUCGCCGAGGCUGUGCGCCUGAUCAAAUCCGCCAUCAAAGCCUCGGCCACAGAUGCGCGCACCGGGCUCAUCGACAUGGGCCUGUUGUCCGAGGGAGGCAGCGCCAGCGACCGACGUCGGAAGGAAGAUCUGAAACGCGCCGUGCUGGCUGUGGUCGAUGACGAUUCCGCUGUCAGGUCAGGCAAUGCCGUCCGCUACGCCGACUUGUACCGCCGCGUCGCCGACGGCAGUUCCGUCGAGAUCGACGGCGCCGAGUUCCAGGAUGUCGUGCGCGCUUUGGAGCUCGAAGGCAAAGUCCAGGUCUCGGGCGAGGGCGGCAGACGUAGUGUGAGACGCAUCACGGGGGUGUGA